AUGCAUACCGAGCAAGAUAGUCUCCCGGUGCACGCAACCACGAUGAACGAUCACGCUGAGGAGAAGGUUGCCCCUGGGUUUGACGUUGCGCAGUGCAGGACACUCAAGCACGUCCAGCGGAAGUUCCCUCUCGUGCCGCAGUUGCUAGGGUACGUCGUGCCCCUGUCCGUGUGGCACACGCUUGCCACGCUUUGCAACACGCUGCUGAACGCUCUCUUGGGGCCCAGGAUGCUUCGCGCGGGGGAUCUGUUAGUGGAUAAAGUCGUCAUGACCUUUGUUGUUGAUAGUAUGGUUACUGCGCUGCUGGCACCGCUAGUGUGGCCCACACGUCUCGUAAGACUGUUCUGGAAGUUCUCUCCGAAGAAGGAAGCGACAUCACAGGUCCAGGCGGCUCCAGAGAGUCUAUCGAUGAAGAGAGGGCCGGCAGAUGCGUCUACGGCAGAGACUCACCAACUAGUGUCCGUGGAUUACAAAGCACAACUGGACGGCGAUGCGACUGCAAACGGUGGGAAACUACCAGACGUUUCGACUAUAAGCAGGGACACGACGCUAGCACCACCGAGCAGUGCGUCCUCGGGGAAGUAA